AUGUUGACCUACCUGCACCAUGCGUCUUAUGAGGAGUACGAGAAUGCCAGCAGUAUGCUGCAUCUGGUGGAUGGUUUGUCUUCAGAUGCGGAUUGCGGCUUUACACUGAGUAUGCCCACCUUGGUCCUUUGCACACCGACCUUACUUUGCACGCUCUACAGCUGGUGGAUGCUCCGAGCCAGCCCAUGGCAUGACAUGAGCUAUGUGGAGAAACCGCCUGUGACAGCCUUGAUUCCACCUGAACCUCUCAUAACAGAGGAUGCUGAACCAGUUUCCACCAUUCGUGCAGUGGUACGAUGGUACCUGAGUACCAACCUCCACGAGUUUGCAUCCACAGCUGCCAAGCGGCUCAAGGUGGCUCACAUGUUCGGGGAGCUUAAGGUGGAUGGCGAGUUUUUUGCCCAAAGAGUCUUCUUUGCGAGACCCAGUAUGUAUUUAUCGCAGGCAGAACUCGAGCAGCAAGGGGCUACCAAAUCAUGUGCUUCGUGCAAAAUCAGGAAGAAACCGCCGGGGCCGGAGGAAGAAAUGGAACAAAUGCAGCAAAUGCGAGCCCAGCAAAAAUUGCUCCGUCAGCGCGCUGCAAGCAGAGAGCCAUCACACUUCGUACCCGACUGCGAGUGGCAUGCGCACCUGGAAGACGAUAAGCGGUGGUACCGUGCGCACAAAGCAUUGCGUAUUCGCUGCCGCUACUUAAUACAUGAGUGA